AUGGUCCUAGGGAUCCGCUUGGGUUUCAAAGAUAAAAUGGCCAACGGUGAUAUGUCUGUAUCUACAAACGAAAUAUCAACACUCAGAAAAAGACUAAACUGCGGCUCUUUAUCGGCUAACCAUGCGCCUAGUGGAGCUGAGGAUGUUCGACAAAAGGAGGAGGUACGGGACAAAUAUGAAGAAAGGACUGAGGAGGAAACAGCGAAUAUUAUGCUACAGCAAAUCUGCGCUACCUCAGAUGCUAAUCGGCUCAUUUUGGAUUCCUUUAGCAAACUGGCUAAGCAGGCAGGCCUGAAGUCCUUCGAGAAUGUUCGCUCUAUUUAUCUUUCUCCAGUGCCGUUUUCGAUUGCAAAUGGUCAGUUAACUGUAACUAUGAAGUUAUGCCGUCACGUUCUACGCAAGGCCUUCUCAAAACAGAUAUCGGAUCUCUACCGUUCUGGCCCCACCCUGAAAUCUGGCCAUUAA